AUGGCAUUCUGCAACGAGAGCCUGCCAGAGGGCUGCGACUACAUGCAGCCCGGCGGCGUGGAGGAACCCUCGGAGGCCGUACCCUCGGAGGGCGGGACGCCCCUGAUGUCCGUCACUCUGCGGGUCACCCUGGCGGCCAUCAUGAUCUUCAUGAUCACCAUCGGCUUCCUGGGCAACGCCAUCGUGUGCCUGAUCGUCUACCAGAAGCCCGCCAUGCGGUCGGCCAUCAACCUGCUGCUGGCCACGCUGGCCUUCUCCGACAUCAUGCUGUCACUGCUCUGCAUGCCCUUCACCGCCGUCACCGUGGCCACUGCCGACUGGCGCUUCGGUGGCGCGUUCUGCCGCGCGUCCAUCAUGCUGUACUGGCUCUUUGUCCUUGAGGGCGUGUCCAUCCUGCUCAUCAUCAGCGUGGACCGCUUCCUCAUCAUCGUGCAGCGCCAGGACAAGCUGACCCCGCACCGGGCCAAGCUGCUCAUCGUGGCCUCCUGGGUGCUGAGCCUGUGCGUGGCGCUCCCGUCCGUGGUGGGCUGGCGGGCGGGGGCGGCGGGCAUCGGCGGGGCCUGGGCGCCGCAGUGCGUGCUGGGCUACAGCGAGUCGGUGGCGGACCGCGGCUACACGGUGCUGCUGGCGGUGGCGGUGUUCUUCGUGCCGUUCGGCGUCAUGCUCUACUCCUACCUGUGCAUCCUGAACACGGUGCGGCGCAACGCCCUGCGCAUCCACAACCACACCACCGAGCACUCCUGCCUGCCCGCGCUCAACCAGGUGGGCAAGCUGGGCCUGACGGGGCUGCAGCGCCCCCCGCAGGUCAACGUUGACAUGAGCUUCAAGACGCGCGCCUUCACCACCAUCCUCAUCCUCUUCAUCGGGUUCUCAGUGUGCUGGCUGCCGCACACGGUGGUGAGCCUGCUGGCCGUGUUCAGCAGACGCUUCUACUACAGCUCGGCCUUCUACCCGGUCAGCGUCGGCGCGCUGUGGCUCAGCUACCUGAAGACGGUGUUCAACCCGGUGAUCUACUGCUGGAGGAUCAGGAAGUUCAGGGAGGCCUGCCUUGAGUUUAUGCCCAAGAGCUGCAAGCUGUGCCCCAGGGUGCCGGGCCGGAGCCGCAGGCGUGUGAGGCCCAGUAACAUAUACGUGUGCAGCGAGACACAGUCUGCUGUGUAG